AAAGCCAGCGGUGCGUGGAACUAGCAGCUGCAGUUCGCCCGCAGUUUUGUCCCCAGGAGGUCGGGGCUCGCGCGAUAAGACAACUCCGAGCUGCGGUUGCCCCUUGCCGCAGAGAUAACCUGGACUGGCGCUGUGACGUUCUUAUCUCGAUUGUAGGACCAGGUACCCUGCGGAGAGGUGACUUGGUCCUCACGGACACCGGGUUACAGUAGGAUUUUGGUAUAAGAAAAACACCCCUAAGGAACCUUUUGAAGUUAUCACUACAAGAAGCAACCAUGCCUGCAGAAGUAGGGAAGACAGAUAUGGAGAGGAUUGGCCUCUUCAGUGAGAUGGGAUAUACUACUAUUGGUGAUAAAUAUAUAUCAACAUUUAAUCGACCUUUUAAUGAGGCUGCAAGCAAAAAGAGACAGAUGCUACCUGGGGGAUCCAAAGAAAUGUCACAUCUCCAGGCAGGUUAUUUUGAUCCCCAGUUUGCAAGGAUUUUUGAAGGUGAAGGCUAUGUAAAUAUGAAUCAAGUAAGGAGACGGUAUAUGAUGGAAGAAGCCAAAAAAAAUUUAAGCAAAGCCUUCCUCCCUAGUAGUGGAGAGAAAAAACUAUGUGGAUUAGGAAGCUACUAUGGAACGAUAGGUGGUCCAGUGCCCUUCUUCAGUGCAGAUGUAAAGCCCAGGGACAAAUACCAGGCACCUGGAAAGAAUUUAUACACAAACCCGGGAAAGAAAGGAACAGGAUAUGGCUAUGCAAAUGUGACCAUAGGCAAACAGUUGUCACACUCGGCUGAUUUCUACGAUGCAGCAAAGCUAAAUUAUAAGAAAGAAAAUGAAGAACACCAUCGUUUACUGAAAGGGGCACCUUUCAAGUUAAACCUUUACCCAAGGGAAUAUUUUGACAGUAAUCCUUAUUUUUCUGAUAAACCUUUACCUCCAAUUAAAAGUGAAGAGAAGAAACAGUUGUCUCCAAAAUCUUUUAAACCCUCUUCUCCUGGUAAAAAGGCUGGUGGAAUGAAGGCAGGAACUUUUGAUCCUUACCCAUCACAUUCUGCUGACCCUUACAUGGUUAAAUUGGAAAAGGAUAUUUCCAAGAAAGAUGCUAAGAUUUUCCAUCCAACAGGUGGACUAAAAAGCCGACCAGUUGAAAGUAUAAUGGCUCUGAAUGUCAGAAGGGCACUGAAUAUGAAGAAUUACAAGACUGCUUCGGUCCAGUCGUAUUAACAGCUGAAAGACAAGUAUCUUCCUGGAUCCUAACUACCAGCAACUCAUAUCAGGAGAUGAUUAUUUGAAAAAGAUUGAAAAGUUUGUAUAACAGCUGGCCCAAGAAUUUAAAAGAAAUUUAAAACUGCAACUGUGCCUUUUCUUUCUGACUUUAGUACUGCUACUUAAUAUUGUUUGCUAAUAAUAUGUGAUUGCUGACCUAUGGUUUUAGAUCUAUGUUUCUAAGCACAAUAUAAUGUUUUGAAAUUUUAUAAAAUCUUCAAACAUGUUCUGUUUGAAGAUUAUCUGCAUAAAUUUCUCUUUUCUCUGCAUAAUUUUCUCUACCCAGCAAGACCCUGUCUCAGAAAAAGCUUUUAUUUAAAGCUUUUAUUCCUAGUGUUACAAUAUUGCAGAUUUGGAAGCUAGGGGUAGAGGGUGGGGGCUGGAGCCAGGGUGGAAAUUACAUAGCAAAUUCUCGGUGAGUGUUCUUAGUGGUACAUAUUUGACAGUUGUACUGAUAGUUCCCUAAGUGUCAUAGCGUAUCACAACACUCCACAUCAGAGAUAAACAUUAAACCCAUUCAUAGUGCAUGAUUCAUGCACAUAUCCAUUACUGCACUGAGACAGCUGUUUAAAUAUAUGUGGUAUGAUGCCUUCUAUUUAUACUUUAUGCAGAUAAUCAGAUUAUUUACCCAGUGGCACUCUGAGAUGAGCAGAGGUGGUAGGAUGCAUUGUUGGCUCAGAUCUUAUGGCUAGCAAGAAGGAUGAGCUUUGCCUUCUGCGUCCUCUGCUGCUCUUCUCUAGCUGUCCAGAGCGGCCUCUCCUGGUGCGUCCUACCUCAGGCCUAUCCUCGAGUUCCCACAUGUCACUUCUCUUUCACCUGCCAGUACUCUUUUAAAAAUACCUGCUUUUAAAAUAUAUUAGUGUAAGUGAUAGUGCGGUCUAUACACACAGUCUUCAUCUACCAGGGGCUGGGGCAGGGGGCAUUUGUGUGAAAUACAUUUGUAUUAAAAAGAGAAAUUUAAGAUAUCUAAAAUAUGUUGGGGAAGUUAUUUUCUAUCAGUGGUGCUUGCUUAACGCUUAUCCCUCUGCCAGGUCAGGUUUCUCAGAGCUGGAAAUGAGACUGGAGAGAGGCUGUAAAGCUCUUCCUCUCUGGGGCUCAUUCUUACUCCUGCAGAGGGGAGCUGUAUAAAGCCAGAUUUAUUUUUCUGAGACAGGGUCUUGCUGGGUAGUUCAGGUUGGCCUUGAACUCACUAUGUACCCCAGGCUGGCCUCGAACUCACUGUGGUCUUCCUGCCUCAGCCUUCUGAGUGCGGGGAUUACAAGCAUGCCUUACUACAUUUGGAAAAUCAGAUAUAUUUCUGACUUUUGAAGAGGGGGAAGGUAGUACACAGAAUUUUUACUGUUAGUAAAUUUGUAAGUUUUCAUGCUUUAUAAUCCAUCAGUGGUCAGUGGACAUCAUGAAAACACUAUCACAAGUACAGUGUGCUUCAAAGGUGCCAUUUGUGUUCAGAAUAGGAAGAGCAUUACCAGGUGGACAUAACUGAAUCAUAUUUAUAGCUUUGUGUUAAUAUUACCAAGUAAACUUUAUAAAUAUAUGUAUUCUUCUGAGAUAAUGGAUUCAUAUUUAUAGAUAGUAUUAAAAACUGCACCACUA